AGAGAGAGAGAUGCCGCAACCAAGCAAAGAGCCGUGCAAGAAAGAGGCUUGCGACAUUCAAGCCUGUCUCUCCAAGAACAAUUUUCUUCCGCAAAGGUGCCAGACAGUGAUAGAGAAGUUACAAGCUUGUUGUGAGAAAUGCAAUAACGAGUCAACGCACUGUGGAUCUGUAUCUGCCCUCUUGAAGCAAAUCAAGAAGUAGUGUAAACCAACGAGAGAGGAGGAGGCAUCAUCAAGUUAAAAAAACAUCAAUGAACAUUUGUUUACUCAUUUUUGUCUCCUCUGAUAUAUUUUUGUAUAAAUUUGACAGAGUCACUUUUUCCAAAUAAAGAAACAUUUCUAAAA